UCCAGCCUGCCGGUCUGGAUCUUUAAAGUUUAUUUCAAAGUUACCUGUCAAGUCCCUUCAGAUCCAACUUCAAGCUCGGUCUACCUCUUCCUUUUUACAACCUCAAAACUACGCCGCCACACAACCACCCCCACCCGAUCUUGAACACUUCAAAUCUGUCAGACGAUACUGACUGUGCUCUGAAUUUAGAUUAUAUCCAGACUGCCGUCCUGGAUCCUUAAAGUUUAUUUCAAAGUUACCUGUCACGUCAAGAUCCAACUUCAAGCUCGGAUUCUCACGGUUCUACACAAAGAGCUCGAAUUUCCAAACUCAUCCACAUCACCAGUCAGUUCCUACAGCAUUCCCUCCCCCGAAGUUUGAUUUUCUUCUCUCUAACCGUCAGCUACGAGCAUUACAUUUUAAAUUUUGCAUAUUAAUCUACAGAUCCGCCUCUUCAACUCCCCUCUUCUCGUCGCCGACUCAAGAUCUUCAAAUUCAUCCACAUCACUAGUCGAUUUCCACAACACCCCAUCCCCCUUCCACGAAGUUUGAUCUUCUUCUCUCUAGCCGUCAGCUACGAGCAUUACAUCUUAAACCUUUCAAAUUAAUCUAUAGAUCCAACCUCUAUCAAACUCCAACUCUCUCGAUAAUUACAGCAAUUUCACCAACUCUCUCGAUAAUCACGACAACUUCACUCAGCCCGAGAAGUUUCCAAGUUCAGUUGCCUACUCAGUUACUUGUUGUGAGCAUGGCUGAAUUCACCGAGGGUUCAGAGAUGCGAAACUGGCCCGCCCCCCUUCCCCGAACUGGCCGCAACCCUCCACAGCGAGGCGGGUUUCAGCCAAACUACCCCAGAAUACAAAAAUCAGAUUGGAGGGCAAAUCAAAAUCGGAGGCCACAAAACCCUACAAUGAACGCUGCACAACAACAGCCAGCCGGUCCCAAACUCGACGGCCCCAUACUCAAAACCAAGGAGCCAUGGCAGAAAUGGACCGAACUGACCGUGCGCGUUUCCCAGCUCCCAGCAACAAUGACAACCUGGGAUCUCUUCAAACGCUUUGAGCGUGAGGGAUCUAUUGCCUUCAUUGAGCUGCACGAGAAUUCGAGGGGCGUUCGCCAGGACAGCGCAAGAAUCCGAUUCUCACCACCGCCAAAUACCGAUUUUUGGACCCGCGAUCCUAUUAGCAUCCGCCUGGAAUCUCCUGAGAUGAGUGAACAUACCGUCAGAGUAUUUCCAGAAGGAAAGAAGCGUUCAUUUGAGAUUCAGAGUCCCAUUCGGAAGAUGAAAUGGUAUCCGGAGGUGACAACUCUAUACCCCCAGGAACUCAAUUUUGGCGUCAUGUUUUCGGAGACGGCAAUGAUGAAGAAGAGGACUGAGGUGCUGCCUGCGAGAAAUCAGAUGAAGCUUAAGAUCGAUUUAAUGCGGAGAAGAAUCGUAGCAGUCUUUGAUGUUGACUACGGGAACGAAACGGCAAGCAACCCAGGCUUGAAAUCGAUCAAACAUAUGUUCCAGGUGCCAUUCGGCCAGCUGAGGGUGAUGCAUCGAGUUAAGUUGGAUGACGAUCGCUGGGGGCUGCUGUUGACGUUGGACAGCCCACCACAAUUCUAUCUCAAGGAUUUGAACAUACAAAGAACCCACGUCAAGCAAUCUCUGGUCUGGAGCGAGUUUGAUUCAUGGUUCAGGGUGACAGAUGUGGUUGCAGAUUCAGGGGCCGUAAGGAAAGCGGUUGUCAGUCUGAACAAAGCUGCUCCUAUGAUCGAUAUCGGACGUUGGACAACAUACCUCUUUGUUUUUGGCGAAGACGAUGAGAGUUCGAAAGUGUUCCCCGACGUACAGUCUGCCCUCCAGGAUUUCAACAUCGAUGUUGUGGGUUUGGACUCAUUCAGCACAAUUCCCAAUGCACUAGCGAAGGUUUGGGACAUGAUCGAUGCUCCGAAUGCUGAUGAAGCCAAGGAUGAAUUGCACUAUUUGAUGGAGAACAGCGACAAAAGCACUAUUUUGCCAUUCGAAGUAAGAUAUCAGCUUGAAGUUUGCAUCUCGCGCAAUAUACUCGAAGUGCACAACAUCACCCCCGAGUUCGUCAAGGAACUGGCAAGUUUGGUAGACACCGACAAAGAAAGAGCCACUUGUAUCCUCGAGUACAUUUCAGAACAGGGGAAGCGCAUCUAUGAUGUUAUGUCAAUAUUCAAGAAUCCAGAUGCGUUGGCACACUCACCCAAAUCGAAAAUUCCGACUUAUUGUGCCUACACAAGGAAGGCCACCGUCACUCCAACAACAAUAUACUUCAGUAGCCCAACUGUGGAAACCUCCAAUCGCGUUAUUCGGAAGUUCUCUGCAUACGGCGAUCGUUUUCUCAGAGUUCAGUUCACUGAUGAGUUGUUUGAGGGACGCAUAAAUGCCUGCGCGGAUAAAAUCCGCAAUGACCAGCUCUUCACCAGAGUCUAUCGGACACUGAAGAAUGGCAUCCGGAUUGGUGAUCGCCACUUUGAGUUUCUCGCCUUUGGAAACAGCCAGUUUCGAGAAAACGGCGCCUAUUUCUUUUGCCCCACGGAUGAGUUGAGCUGUGUCCAGAUCAGAGACUGGAUGGGCAAAUUCCACCACAUCAAUGUUGUGGCGAAAUAUGCUGCGCGACUGGGGCUUUGCUUCUCGACGACUCGGGCGAUUCGUAACACCGGAAUGACGGUUCUUGAGCUGCAAGACGUCGAACGUAAUGGGUACAACUUCACUGAUGGGGUUGGAAAGAUUUCCCCGUUUCUUAUGAAAAUGAUUGGAACAGAGCUUCACCUCUUGCAUGAACCUUCAGUGGUCCAGUUUCGCAUGGGUGGUUGCAAAGGAAUCCUCGCGAUAUCUCCAGACGCCAAAGGACAAGAAAUUCAUAUCCGAAAGAGCCAGACGAAAUUCACAGCAGAGUAUAUGGGCCUGGAGAUUAUUAGGACCUCGAAUCAUUCUGUGGCAACCUUAAACCGACAGACCAUUACAAUCCUAUCCGCGCUGGGGGUUGAAGAUCAUGUUUUCAAUCGGAUGCUUGAUGAGCAACUUUCAAAUUACGUGGACGCCAUGAAUGACCCAGACAAGGCUCUAGAGCUCCUGGGAAGAUACGUGGAUGAUAACCAUAUGACAAUGAUGAUUGCAGCUAUGGUCUUGGACGGAUUCAUGCGCACUAAUGAACCAUUUAUCCUGUCCCUUCUCCAUUUGUGGAGGUCAUGGUCCAUCAAACUUCUCAAGGAGAAAGCAAAGAUUAUCGUUGAGAAAGGAGCAUUCGUCUUGGGAUGCACUGAUGAAACUCAAACCCUUAGAGGCCACAGCAAAACUACCAAUGAUGGCAAAGGUACUAUCACAGCCGAAGAUAUUGACAAGCUUCCACAGAUCUACCUCCAAGUCACCGACAGAAAGGAUCCUCGGCACAAUGUUAUCAUCGAAGGCCUUUGCCUUGUUGGGCGUAAUCCCUCGCUGCACCCAGGCGACAUCAGAGUUGUUCAGGCCGUUGACGUCCCAGCUUUACAUCACCUUCGCGAUGUGGUGGUAUUCUCACAGCUGGGAGAUAGAGAUGUCCCUGGGAUGUGCUCUGGAGGAGACCUUGAUGGCGAUGACUUCUUCGUCAUUUGGGAUCAGGAUUUGCUUCCGCGUGAGUGGAAUGCGGAACCUAUGGACUACACAGCACCCCCGCCUGUGAAGUUGAAUCGCCCGGUUGAGAUCAACGAUGUGAUGUCGUUCUUUGUCAAGUAUAUGAAGAGUGAUACUCUCCCGACUAUUGCCCAUGCCCACCUUGCGCUGUCUGAUAAGCUUGAUUUCUCUGUGAGAGACCCGAAGUGCCUGGAACUCGCCGCUUUGCAUUCCAAGGCUGUUGAUUUCGUCAAGAGCGGUAUUCCAGCCGAGAUGCCCAAGUAUCUGCGACCUCGCAAGUGGCCCCAUUUCAUGGAGAAGAAACACAAGCCAAAGGAGCAAAUUUACGUCUCGGAGAAAAUCCUGGGCCAGCUCUACGACAAAGUCGAGAGCGUCGAUUUCAUUCCCCACUACGAAUCACCCUUUGAUAAGAGGAUCCUGAGGGCUUACCCAGAGGAUAGAGCAAUCCUGAAGGCCGCGAGACAGAUUAAAUCACAGUACGACACAGCGAUGCGGCGUAUUAUGGCCCAACACGACAUCGAAACCGAGUUCGAGGUCUGGACUUCCUUCGUCCUGUCCAAGCCGCGUGUCGGGUCAGACUACAAAGUACAAGAGGAGAUGGGAAUCAUCAGCUCAACCCUCAAAGCUCGCUUCAAGGAGAUCUGUGUUGAGGCUGCUGGGGGAAACGAUUUCAAAGCUUUGGGACCGUUCGCUGCUGCCAUGUAUCAAGUCACUUGCGAGGAAUUGGCCAUUGCACUUCACGAGUGCCGCACGAUGAAGACGAUUGGUGGGAGAGAUGUUCCGAAGCGGAAGAUGGAGCCGAAGUCGAUGCCCCUGAUGAGUUUCCCAUGGAUAUUCCAGUCGGUGCUUGGAAGAAUUGCGACGGGAAGCGAACCAACUACUCUGGAGGAUGUCGGCUUGUCGUUCAUUACGAGGAAUGAGGCAAAAGCCAAGAAACCUCGGCUUGCUAUGUCUGACGAAGAUGAUCACGAGGAUUAUAUUGAGACUGCGGAUGGAGUCACCCAUCGUGGUGAAUUGCUAGAUCUCUUUCGGCCUGAUGCUGUCGAUUCUGACGGCGAUGAAGUUAUCCUGCCAUAUAACAUCCCGGAUGAGACGAGCAAAGUCCAAGAUGAACCACAAUUGAAACAUGACCUGGAUGAAACUCCCAACCUCCCCAAAACCUCCAUGGACCUCCUCGCCAACUUCCUCGAAGCAAAUCAUCAGCAAGAAGAAUUGCUCAGCAUCACCCAGACUUCCGAAUGCAGCCGCGUGAACUCACACUAUGAAGAUUUAGCUGAUCUGGGUGGCCAUUGUCACGAUCUGGCUGACUUGGGCGCUGAGUGUGGUGUGACUGGCGCUGAAGAACUGCUGGUAGACAUUGCUGGCUCCGAAAGCCAUGCAGAUUUGGCUGACCUAGGUGACCAUUGCCAUGAUGUGGCUGACUUGGGCGCUGAGUGUAGUGUGACAGGCGCAGAAGAACUGCUGGCAGACAUAGCCAGUGCAAAAAUCCAAGGAGAUACCAACGAUGCCGACGAGUUUGAGGAUGGGAGCGACUAUGGAGAAGAAGUCACUCUUGAAAUUGAAGAAAGUGCACUGGAGAAACUGCAAAGAAUGAGCUAAUAAGGUGGCGGUCUUGCUUUAUUGAAUCUGGUUGCUGCCCAUUUCAUGAGAAAAU